CUCGGAGUUUCCCCGCACAAAGUUUUCUGGGCGAGGGAGCUGCUCUCGCUGCAACAACUCGGAGGAGCGAAGCUGUCCCCAACAUGAGCCUCUCCCAGCUGCUGUUCGGGAACGGCUACGGCCUGGCCCUCGCUACCGUCUUGGCGAUCUGGGCGCUCUAUGUUUACCACAGGAGGAGAAGGAGACCUGGAGAAGCUCCUUUAGUAAACAGUUGGAUUCCUUUCUUGGGAGAGGCUCUGAAUUUUAGAAAGGAUCCUUCCAGUUUAUUGCUGUCCUUCAAGCAAAAAUAUGGAGAUGUUUUUACUGUAUACAUGACUGGCAGAUAUAUUACAUUUCUAAUGGACCCCCUGCAGUUGUCUACUGUGGUCAAGAAUGCCAAGUAUUUGGAAUUUCAAGAAUUUUCAGAUCAACUUUCAGUACGAGUGUUUGACCAUCCACUCAUUAUCAAUGACAAGUUCCCAGAGCUAAAUGAAAACAUCCACAGGAAUUAUCAGUACCUUCUCGGCACGCCGUUGGAUACUCUCUCGGACAGCAUGAUGAAAAACCUCCAAUGUAUAUUUGAGAAGAAGUUUGCGCAAGCAAAAGAUUGGGAAAUAGGCAAAGUGAACAAGUUCUGCUUCUCCUUAAUGUUUGAAGCCAGUUUUAGAACACUCUAUGGAACAGAUCCUGAUGACCGCUAUAUUGUUGAUGCAAUUGGAGACAAAUUUGUCAAGUUUGAUGCCAACUUUUCCUAUUUGGCUGCGAACAUACCAAUUGGAUUGUUGGGAGCAACAAAGAGGAUCCGGAAAGAACUCAUCAAUGUUUUUUUUCCUGAAAGCAUGGCAAGAUGGUUGGGAGUUUCCGAAGUAGUCCAAAUGAGAAAAGAUAUAUUUGAGAUGUACGAGCAGCUCGGAGAUUAUGACAAAGCCGCACAUCAUUUCGCCUUCAUGUGGGCCGCUGUGGGAAACACGAUUCCAGCUACAUUCUGGGCCAUGUAUUAUCUUCUCCAGCACCCAGAAGCUCUUGCAACGGUGCGUGACGAAAUUGACCAUUUGCUGCAGUCAACAGGUCAAGAGAGGGGGCCUGGAUUCAGCAUCCGCCUCACCAGAGAACAAUUGGACAACCUGGUCUACCUAGAAAGUGCUGUAAACGAGAGUUUCCGAUUUUGCUCGUCUUCCAUGAUCAUCCGCAUUGCCAAGGAAGAUUUUAUGCUCAAGCUGGAAGGGAAUCAGGAAGUCAGUUUGCGAAAGGGAGAUUGGAUGGCAAUUUAUCCUCCGAUUCUGCACAUGGACCCCGAGGUCUACGAAGAUCCUAAGAAAUACAAAUUUGACCGCUACACAGAAAAUGGCAAGAAGAAAACAACCUUCUACAAGCAGGGAAAGAAGCUGAAACACUUUCUGCUGCCUUUUGGCUCUGGAAACAGUAUGUGUCCCGGCAGGUUCUUUGCAAUGAAUGAAAUUCGGCUUUUUUUGGUUUUAGUGUUGGCUUAUUUCGAUGUAGAAAUAAUAGAAGACAAACAAGUCGGACAGGACAACAAUAGGAUAGGCCUCGGCAUCAUCUUGCCAGAUUCUGACAUUAGUUUUCGUUACAAGCUAAGGUCUUAAUACAGUCAUUCAGUUGUUGGCAUUACAAAACUCCUACUCAGAUUAGUUCUGUCUCUUUUUAUUAAAUGUGGUACGGCUUUCAUAUCUAUCUGGUGUCUUUACAUUUAUGGAUUAAAUUUGCCACAUUUUGAUUGUGGCUAACUAUUUGGAAUUGUAUCGUGGGAAUUGUCUUUUGCAAAGAAGGGCCAUGAUCCCUAGAAGUGGUGUACAGAGGCAUAGUGUCACUGAAACUGGAGAUAAUAUAUCACUACGAUGCCAAGGCCUAUGACUGGUAGCCAUUGACAGAUUUAUCCUUGAUGAAUUUAUCUUUUAAAGUCAUCAAAUUGAUGACCAUCACUACAUCUUGUGGUAGGAAAUUUCAUUAUUCAACUUUGCACUAUGUGAAGACAUCCUUCCUUUUAUCUGUCCUGAUGGGAUGAUCCUAGGUUCUAGUAUUAUGAGAAUAGAAGAAAAAUGUCUCCCUCUCCAUUUUCUCCACACCAUGCAAAAUUUUGGGCAUGAUAAUGUCUUCCAUUACUCACCUCUUUUUCUAAGCUACACAGGCCAAGGUAGACCUUUCCUCAUAGGGCAGCUGUUCCAGACCCUCAUUUUAGUUGAACUCCCCCCCACUUUUCCAACUCCAUAAUAUUAUUUUUAGGUGCAGUAACCGGAACUGUACGUAGUAUUCCAAGCAUGGUCGCACCACAGAUUUAUGCAAGGGCAAUCGGAUAUUGGCAGUUUUCAUUUUUAUUCCUUUCCUGAGAAACUGACUGAGAAGCAUUCCUGCAAAUUUUCAGAAGGAUAGGUAGAGUCAUUUAUGUAGAAGGGCAGUUCUUCUAUUUUGGGGAUGGAGGUUGAUUCCCUCCCGCUUCCCUUCCCCAGUGGUUUUUUGGGCAACUUAUAUGAAAACGGCGCAGCUUGUAGAGGUGUCCUUAAGCAAGAAACCUGCCAAGUUUCAGAAGGACAGGUUCAGAGGCUAAGAAGUUACAAUGGUUUUUU